AUGGCUGUUCACUUUCUUCUCCUCCUCACUGGACUCACAGGAAUUCACAGCAUAACUACAGUCAGUAAAGUGUCAGUGAAGGCUGGAAGUUCAAUCUCUAUCCCGUGUCUCUAUGGUGUACAAUACACAAACCAUGUAAAAUACUUAUGUAAAGGAUAUUAUUGGCACUCCUGCUCCUAUAUAAUCAAAACAAACCAACAAAGUUCAGGAAGGUUUUUGAUCUCUGACGACAAAACCCGAAGUAUCUUCACCGUGACUAUUCAUAAUCUGACAGAUAAGGAUACUGAUUAUUGGUGUGCUGUGGAGAUUAUUGGAGGGGCAGAUGUCAAAGCGUAUUUUUACCUUUCUGUCACCAGAGAUACAUCACAUCUCUAUGCGGAUCACCAGGAGAUUACAACGUUUAAUGGAGAUAAUAUAACCAUCAAUUGUUACUAUAUUAACACUGGAGAAAUGAAGUGGUGCAGGCUGGGCAGCUCCUGUGUGACGAGGUCGUCUGGAUCAAUAGAUGGAACAAAAGUGACCAUCAGUGAAGGGGGGCCCAGUGUUUUUACUGUGACUAUGAGUGGACUGAGGACAGAGAGCAGCAGCUGGUAUUGGUGUGCCAAAGGAGACUUACAGAUGCCAGUACACGUAACUGUUGGAGAGAGACCACUAGUGCCUACCACUAAUAAAUACUACAAUACUACUACUUUUAUAACCCCCCUUGCAACAAGAAGCCAUUUAACCACCUCAUCACCUGAGCCUGUCAGUGCUUUCGAUCAUCUAAAGCACUUCCUCAUCCCUUUGAGUUUGCUGAUCUUCAUUGUAAUGGUGCUCUUGCUCAUCUGGCUCAUGUUGAAAAGACACAAACAGACCAGAGCAGAUUCAUCUGCUACAACAACGGCACUGGACCUUGGGGGACAAGCCUCCAUUGCUACCCCCUCUCUCUGUAACUCUCUCCCUCAGACUGAAGAGGAAGCAACAUACUGCAAUGUUAGGCACAUGGGAAAAACUUCAGACAAGAGGUCAGAUGAAAAGAGUGAGCUGGAUGGGACGUACAGCUCUGUGGUUAUUGUAGGACAACAAACUCCCAAAAGGGUUGAAGCAAGAGAUGAGGAUGUAACAUAUAGCAUGUUGGCUCAGCAUCAGCAAAACCUGUAACUGUUACCCCUACAUCUUACCCAUCCAUCUAUGACUGGACUUUUAAAUGACACUGCUGCAACGUGUCAUAUGUUCUUUGGUUUUAAAUAAGUUAAAGCUUUUACAUCUUUUUUAGUUUUUUAAAAGGGUUUACACUUCUCCUUUGUUAUAUUUCUCUACAUAGCUGCAAAACAUUUCAAACAAAUACUGACCUGGGCCUAAAUUUUCAAUAGCAUCCUUAAGCUAUGAUUGCAAACUCCAUUUACAAACCUUGAAGGUGAAAUAUGAAAUACUGACAGCUAGCGUUUAAAAUAGUUACUGCACUCCAAAUUCAAAAUACUGGAGAAAGUCGUCUCUCCCAGCCCCUCCUCCCCAGACUUGAAGUUCACAGAGGUUCUGUGCAUAGGUUCAGUCUGAGACCCCAGCAUCCACAACAAUGUUGCUAGACACUUGUCUUAUAUAGACAGACAUUACUUCACAGCACAGCAGAGUAGCUAUCGUUGGAUGCUCGCUGUAUUGACAGUCAUAAAAACCUGUGCUCAUGCUCUCUACCCGAAACACAUAGAAUUAUGUUAGGAACCGCUAAAUGCCCCACAACCUCGCUGUCCUCUCCACCCGACUGACAGUUACUUUCUUUGCUUUUCUUUUCGACGGACUGAACAUACUUUAUUGGCUUAGAAUUACGGCAACAAUUGCUAAACACACUGCAAACUCACGGGCCUCUCUUCACGAUUUCCAGCCCCUCUUUCUUGGCUUAAAAUAACUCACUGUUGUUGACUGCAGCUACUGAACAGGCUACACGUUAUGAACAGGUGUUAAAUCUUAGAGCAGACAAAAGUUGACAUAUCGGCAAUAACAACAGCAUGUCUUUGAUCACAAAGCUAUAAUACAGUUUAGUUUUGUAAAAGUGGUCAUGUUAAUGUUAUUUAAUGUCGCUCAUAAAAUCCGUUUAAAAAGGGGACGUAACAGAUAUGCCAAGUGCAUGAGAAAAACCUCAGACGAGGUAACUAAACAAUUUAAACCAUUUAAUGUAAUACACAAGCUUGCUAAAGUAAUCCAUUUAAUAUUAAAAUAUAUACCAGUGAUGAACUGAAACAUAUUUAAAAUGAAUCAAAAAUGGAAACAUUCAUCUGUGUGUUCUUCUUUACCCAGAUGUCUAAUAAGGUUUACAGGUUGAAGUGUCAAUAGCAAGACCCCAAAUUACUACCAAUACUGCCCACUGGUGUUUGAAUGUGCAUGUAUGUUUAUCUGACGAGCAGGUGGCACCUUGUAUGAAAGCCUCAGCCACCAGUGCAUGAAUGUGUUAGUGAAUUGGGCCUGUAGUCUUUAUAUUGCUUUGAGUAGUAGUUAAGACUAGAAAAGUGCCAUGUGUGAUAUGGAAGGAAUAUGAAGUUAUGUGGUUAAAGCAACAGACAAAGGGGAAAUAUUAAGAUACCUUAUCCCAGACGUUCAGUAUUUUCUGAAGACCAUUUUGUUGGUGUCUCACCAAGUCAAAAUGGUACCCUUUAAUUGUCACUUAUUUUUUCUUCCAAACUGGUUUCAUUUUUGCUUGCUUGGAAAAAUGAUUUGCUCUUCCUUGCUCAUUUUAAUUUUGACAGAUUCAUUUUUACAACAGGGCUUUGGAAGUCUUUAAGCGUAUCUCCAAUAGCCGUAUACUUGGGUUUACUGCUCUCACUUAUUAGGCAUACAUUCACAAUACGAUCCUGGUUUUCCUAUACUUUUCCUACCUAUUUUCAGGAUGUUUAUAAAAUCAUAUUAUAUAGCCUACUAGCCACGUGUUUUGGGUUUUCUUUUUCUGUAUAUACCAUAUAGGCUACUCUUGUAAUUAAAAAAAAUGUACAGUAAUUGCAUGUUUGGCGAAUAAGUCAUUGAAAGUCAUUUGUAACUGAAUAAAGAUAAAUUUGCAU